AUGAUCAGGGCCGUGCCUCUGCUUGCUGUCUUUUCCCACUCCGGUGUCGCCUGGCAUCCUUCGACGUACAGUCUCCGCAAGGGUAUCCAAGGAGAAUCUUUCUAUGAUGAUUUUGUUUGGGAGAGCAUUGCCGAUCCCACCCAUGGACGAGUAAACUACGUCGACCAAGAAACCUCGCGGUGGCAGAAUCUGACUUUCGCCACUCGGGAUAGUUUCAUCCUGCGAACGGACUCGACCAACAUCAUUCCUACGGACGGACCCGGUCGCAACUCCGUUCGGCUGCGGUCGAAGGAAAAGUUUAAGACUCACGUCUCCAUCUUCGAUGUUCGUCAUAUGCCUGUCGGCUGCGGAACAUGGCCCGCGAUCUGGACCGUUGGAGAAAACUGGCCCCACGGGGGAGAGAUUGACAUUCUGGAAGGAGUCAACGACGAGGCUCCCAAUGCCUCUACGUUGCACACUGGACGAGGAUGCACUAUGCCUACCGAGAAUGGCCCUCAGACAGGUCACCGAAUGUUGAAUAAUUGCGACGCCAGCGUCAACAACAACGUGGGGUGUCCUGUCGACUUCCCCAGUCACGACAGCUAUGGCCCUGGCUUCAACGCCGCAGGCGGCGGUUGGUAUGUCAUGGAACGCAACGACGACUUUAUAAAAAUCUGGUUCUGGUCUCGCCAAGAUCCCAACGUUCCCGAGGACGUCAAGAACCCAGUGUGGAACGUGGCUCCUUCGAACUGGGGAACGCCUAGUGCAUACUUCCCUGGUGACAGCUGCAAUAUGAGUGACUUCUUUGCUCCUCACUGGAUUGUAAUCAAUCUCACACUCUGCGGGGACUGGGCGGGGACUGUGUACCAGUAUAGCAACUGCCCUUCGACCUGCGUCGACCAUGUCAACAAUAACCCAUGGGCAUUCGAGAACGCAUACUUUGACAUUGCGCAGAUUCGAAUCUACACCUAG